AUGCAGGCCAACGGUUUUGUGCUGGCGCGCAAGAGAUAUUGGUGGAACAAUUUGGUUUCCAAGACCCCUCACCUUGCUGACGAAUUUCUUAAAAAGGCCCAGCUUGCUCGCAAGACGGUUGAAGAAACCUUGAAAGUUGGAGUCGAAACUGAGAGUACCAUUCGUUGGAAAAAAAUGCUGACUGACAGGGCCAACGCCAAAAGCAGCAAGCCUUCUUCGUCCUCAUCUGUCAAGUCCUCCCGUCCCAAGGGCAAAAAGAGACCUGUUGCUAAGGUUCAACUCAAACCCAAAGCCCGUCCUACUAAGGGUCAACUCGCUAAGAACAGACAUGGGGGCAAACGUGGGGUUAGGGUUGGCGAAGCGAGCCACCCUGGCCCAACCAACUUGAAGGUUGUCACUUUGAACACCCAAAGCAGCUCGAAUACUUGGGCCUUUCUCCACCAAGUCCUGACUGGCAGUGACAUCGAUGUGGCCUUAUUGCAAGAAGUUUCCUUUAAUCCCUCAGAGGCGGCAGCUUUCUCAAGGUAUCUUCGGAAGAAAGAAUUCUCCUUUUACUAUCAGAAGGGUUCUCCAAACCGUCGUCAGGGCAACGGCUGUAGCGGUGGCGUUGGACUGCUGGUUCGUAAAACUCUCCCCCAAAGGUUUGCGUUUGCCGAUGGGGACCAGGAAGCUCAAUCCUUGUUUGUCUGGGUUGGUGGAGUCCUUUUUGGAUCCAUCUAUGCACCUCCUACGGAAGAAAGCCCAGCCCGUGCGGCUGCCAUGUUCCUGGAUGCUCUGAUCUCGUGCAACGUCCAGGCCAGUGCUACUUGGUGCGUUGGUGGAGAUUUCAAUGAAGUUCCUUCUCACAGCCAUUUUGAAGAUGUCGCUGGCGCUAUGCAUGGCUCCGUCUGCGGCCUCGGUGCUCCUACUCGGUGGGACGGCAACCGGGAGAUUGACUUCUUCCUUGUCAACCGUCCCGACCUUGCGUCUGCGGUUUCCAGUUUGGCUUUGAAGCUCAGUGACCACAAGAUCCUUCAGAUGCAGCUUGCCGUGUCCGUUCAGUCCCCGACAACUGCUAGCCUGCAAAAAGGCCCCGAUCUGACCAAGCCUACUCAUGUUGAAUCCGAGCAAUGGCGCGAAGUCGUUGAAAAAGCCUGGGAGCAAACCACUCAAGAUAUCAAGGGAGUUGCUUCCCCCUUUGCUGAAUGCACCGUCCAAGAGCACUGGGAGCGCAUUCAAGCCUUAUUUCGGCAGACCUAUCAACACGCUUUUCGACAAGUUGCUGUUCGACACUCUGAGAAAAAGCUUGCUCUCAAAGGUCAAAAUGCCAAUGUGAAGUGGCGCUCGCAAGCCGCGCGCGGGCCACGUCCUGAAAAUGGCCAUAGGAAAGUCCGUCGAAAACUGGCGCGGUGGUAUGAACUCCGCCGUUUCUUGAUGAGGGACCCUUCCCAGCUUACUGCGGCUCAGACUAUCGAGUUCCAGAACCUCCUCAAAAAGCUUGACCUUGCUGAGACCGGCCCUCCUCCCUUGCGAGAGGUUCAGGCCAGGAUUGAUGCGAUUUCUUCUUUGCUCGGACAAGCUGAAAAACAAGCAAAGGAGUCCAAUAUCCGUCAAUGGAGACUUCGUAUGCAAAACGUUGCUUCUCUUUCCAGGUGGCUCAAGUCUAAGCAGAACCCAUCGCACUGUGUUGUUACUGGUACCGACAAUGUGGUUGACGGUGCCACCGCCAUUUUCCAAUUUUGGCAUGACUUCUGGCGAGACCUCGAUGCUGGCCGCCCUGCCUUUGCUGAUCGAGUCUCUACGGCCCUCGCUGGCAUCCCACAAGACUUACCAGCUCUUCAAUGGAAUUGCCCUAAUGGAGUCCAGCUCAUGGCCACUGUACAGGGAUGUCGCGGCGCUGCUGGAGCGGAUGGCUGGACUGCCGACGAAAUUCGCUACUUGCCGCUUGAUGCCUUCAACUUGGUUGCUAAUUUCUUUGAGCGAUGUGUUGCUGAAGGGGAGCUUCCGAGUCAAUUCUUUGAAGCCCGAAUGGUUUGCAUACCUAAGGGUGACCCCCUUGGUCCUCUCAUCAUGUCUCUUUGGGUCCUGUCGGGGGUUUUGUCCGUGCAGUCCGAAGGGUCGUCUGUUUCCACCUACUUGGAUGAUCGUUGUGUCACUGCGGUGUCCCCUGCCAUCUUGCGCCAAUCUUUGUCCCGGUGGGAGGCUUGGUCUGCUGGUGUGGGCUUGCUUGAGAGCGUUGCCAAAACUGUGGCCGUUGGGCGCAGGGCUGCUGAGCGUUCUUUGCUGCAGUCCGAGUUUCAGCCGUCGAUGGUCUCGUGCUGGAUCCGUGUCCUUGGUGCGUGUUCCUACUCAUCCCCCCGUGGUCUUACCCCGGUUGAAUCUGAGCGUGUCUCUGCGGCGUUGCAAUGCCUCUCUCUCCUGGGUGGCGUUGGGUUCAACCUUUCCCACUUCCUUACCAACUGUCGCUUGUUCGCCCUCUCCAAGGUUGGUUUCGGUUGGGUUGCGCGUGCCCCUCCCCUUUAUGCGUCCCAACGGUUGUUCACGGCUGUCUGGAAGAACUCUCGGCGUGUUCGAUUCUCCAAUCCCUGGCUUCGGGCCAUGCUGCUGGGGGGGAAUGUCCAUUUGGAUAUUACUUGGAUCACCCGGUUGGUUGGGAGUCUCAUCCGUGGCUCUGUUCGGUAUCGCCCCCGUUGGUCUUUGCGUCCGGGCACGGUGGCGUCCUGUCUUCAUGGCUGGCUCAUCGAUCGGGGGUGGCGUCUUGUUCGGGAAUGGGUCUGGGAACACGACUUCGCUGCUGUUGCUUUGGAUCUCUUCCCCCCUAGGGUUUUGCCCUCCCUUCUUCCUGGCUUGGCGGGUGUGGCCCAGCAUAAUCUUCGUCAAGGAUGGCGAGCCUGGUGUUUUCAGAAGUGGGCCAAUUCAGGCAGGCACGAAGUGCAACAACUCGAAGAAGCUACCAGCGCUAUCUUUCGCAACUUGAACUUCCAGGACAUUCGGGACUGGGCCUUGUCCAAUGGUACUGCUUCCUCCAUUGCCUUGGGUGCGACUUGCUCACCUGCCAAUUUUCAGGUGCGAGAGUUGGCUGAGAAGAAGGUGAAACGUUCAGUUCAGGACGCACCGGUCACUGAGAGUGACGUUGCGGUCAGAGACGCCGUUGGAGCACCAGGGGACGCCUUGGGCAACGGGUCAUCGCAGGCAGCUCAUCUGGGGUGGAAUUAA